UCGGCCAUAUAAAUCUAUGCAUCUCUCAGUGAUGGAUGUAGAUCGUGGGCGAUGAGCGCGUCCUCUGUGACUGUAUCUCAGAGGAGACUCCGCCAGAGAUCGGCCUGGAAAACUCCAUUCCUUCCCACGUUAUCGUCACGGCGAUCUUUUGGGACAGCCAACCAAGCAGAGCUGCCGGGCGGUGAUCUGUUUAAAACCUCCCUGCCAGGAAGUCACCCUCUGACAGGCGAGCAGUCAGCGUCAGUCGGUGAGAGGAGGACCGGGUGAUCGGGAGUGUCAGACAGGACAGGACGUUUCUCUCCGCCUUCUCAGUAUUAGGGAUACGCAAUGAGGCCCUCGACGCUGGUCCUUGUGCUCCUGGUGAUGGCCACGACGACAUGCCUGGCCCAAUCCGCGAUGCACAACCACAUCUUCCCCUGGUACGAGUUCAAGAGGGCGGCGGCAGGCCGGGGCAGGAGGCCGGCGGCGGGGGACGACUUCGACGUCAUGCUGCCCAUGGACGGGACCACUUCACAGAACGAAGACGAGACGGAAGGUGAUCCGGUGGAAGGGGCGGUUCCGUACGGUGUAGACAGGGACGCCCUGCCGGUGGACGUACAGACGCUACAGGACAGACUCGCCCGGAUGUACGUCUGUUUCAACCAGAAAACUGGAAAGUGGCGAUUCUGUAGGGGAGAUCCCAGCAAGGCCGAGAACAGGGUCCGCUGGUGACGUGGCUAUCCCAUCAUGCCCAGCGCCACCGAAGCCUUUACUGACUCCAGAAUACGCAUGCGUCGUGGAUGAUCUCUACUAAGUCAUCAGCGAAGUUCGAGGCGAUUCUAUGCUAUUAACUUUGUCCCAAUUGUCUAUAAUAGUCUCUAACAAAGUUGUAUAAGAAUAUUUAUCGUUGUUUGAUAUUUAUAUGUAGCGAUAAAGGGUUACACGA